AUGCGUUCGGAUAAGACAAGGCUGGUCGCCGUGCGUCUGGUUUUUCGGCUGCUGCUUUUCACCAUGAGCCUGGCGACAACGGCAAGUUUUGCUGGACUGGCUCCGCCACCGGUGUUUCUGGAGAAACCAGGCAAGCCAGACAUUCCUUGGGGGCAGUGGCGACGCCGUUUUGAACUGUUCCUAUGCGCUUCGGGAGCUCAGGACCUUCCAGCGGAGCAACGUAAAGCCAUACUGCUGCACUCGGUUGGGACCGAAGGGCAGCGUAUCUACUUUUCGCUACCAGAAGUUGUUCCAGCGCUACAAUUAUCAGGAAGUGCAGCGUCGGAGGCGUCGGAAGAUGAGACAGCAAAGAAACCGACAAGUGCAAAAAGUAAGCAAAAUGUUUAUGACAUUGCUAUGGCCACAUUGGACGCGCAUUACGUACAUGCCCCAAAUGUAAUUGCUGAGCAACACCGUUUUCGUCAACGCAAGCAACGGCCCGGAGAGAGCAUUCAUGACUUUGUGACAGACCUUCGGAUUUUAGUUAUCCAUUGCGACUUCGGAAUGCUACAGGACGAUAUGGUACGAGACCAAAUAGUAGCAGGAACUGUAAUUCCUGGCCUGCGUGAAAGACUGUUGUCGGAAGGGUCGCGUUUGACUGUUGAACGCGCAAUUGAAGUUGGACGAAACAUGGAAAGAACUUUUGCGGAAGCCAGAGAUAUGACCGAGAUGACCGAAGAUAAUCAGCAGGUGUACCGUAUUGCGAAAGAUAAAGAAAGCGCGCAUGUGAAAAGUAAACAAAGGACUAGCAAGCAUCUCAAGACCGAAAUGAAAUGUUAUCGAUGUGGAUCUAAGGCCCACUUGGCAAAUGACAGUGUGUGUCGGGCAAAAAGGCAAACCUGCAGGGCUUGUGGGAAAACUGGACACUUUGCAAAAAUGUGCCGGUCAGCUGGAGAUGUUCGAGUCGUAUCGCAUCAAGUUGAGUAUCCACCACGUUUACCCGACAGUAGACAAGUAGCGAGGUACGAGUGUGGACAUGCUACUAAUGCCGGUUUCCAAGAUGCAAUGGUACCCAAGCUUACAGAGCCACAGGAUGAAUCGCCUAUGGUGCUACAGCUAGACUCCUCGAGAGCGCAACGUAUUCGAGUCAUGCUACAGGUUGAGGGACGGGACGUGGAAGCUCUUGUUGACACGGGCUCGUCUGUGUCCAUAAUGAACAACGAAGUGUACCAGCAUUUCGCGACUCAGCAUCCUUUGACGUCGACUUCUGUGCGUUUACUUGACUUUUCGAGGCAAUGUAUUCCCAUUGAAGGAUUCUUCGUAGCAGAGGUGGCAUACGCGGAACAUUCUUCAAGAAUUGUGUUUUAUGUGGUGAACACAGGAGCUACGCUGCUUGGCCUCGACGGCAUUGCUGCGCUUCAGCUACGCAUUGAGGGACAGUCCUUGCGCUGCUUACAAACAUCUGUUGCCCCGCCGGUAAUGUCAAAAGAACUACAACAAGAAUUUCAGCACCUGUUUACCGACGGCUUAGGGUUAGCACGGGGCUACAUCCACAAGGUCAAACUAUGUGAUAAUGUGAAACCGGUGCAGGCAAAACUACGCCGUUUACCCUUUUCAGUGCGCGAUGAAGUUUCCCGGGAACUACAGCGUCUUCUGGACGACGAUGUAGUGGAACGCGUGGACGCGUCUGAGUGGGUGUCACCAAUUGUAGUUGCAAAGAAGAAAAACGGUACUAUUCGUCUUUGUGUGGAUCUGAGAGCACCAAACCAAGCUGUGAUUGCUGACUGUUUCCCUUUGCCCAGCAUCGAUGAACUGAUGGUAUCUCUAGUAGGUGCUAAAUGGUUUUCAAAGUUAGACUUAAAAUCGGCAUAUCAUCAAGUACUAUUGAGUGAGGACAGCAGAGAUCUCACGGCCUUUAUAACACAUGAAGGGUUGUUUAGAUUUAAGCGUGUUUGUUUUGGUUUGGCCUCAGCACCAUCCGCUUUCCAGAAAAUGAUGACUAAUGUUUUGAAAGGGUGUAGCGGUGUACUAUGUUAUUUAGAUGAUGUUGUUGUUUUUGGUGGUACUCGUGAAGAACAUCACAGGAACCUGCGAGCUGUGUUAAGCCGCAUUUCAGCCGUUGGACUUAAGUUGAACAACAAGUGUGUCUUUGACGUACCAGAACUUUCAUUUGUUGGACACUUGGUUAAUGCUCAAGGAAUUCUACCAUUGCAAUCAAACGUUGAUGCUGUGUUGCGGCUACCUGCACCUAAAGACUUUUCGUCAUUGCGUUCGUUCCUCGGACUUGUCGGCUUUUACGCCAAGUUUAUCCAAAAUUUCGCGGACGAAGCGGAACCGCUCAGAAGAAUUCUGCGAGGAAAGUCUGCAUUCGCGUGGGAUGAAGCAGCAGAACGGAGCUUCACCAGGAUAAAGAAGAUCCUGUCGUCGAAGCCUACGCUAUCCGUCUUUAACCCCAGGUUACCAGUUGUAGUAACUACGGAUGCUUCAGGACAAGGACUAGGAGCAGUGUUACAGCAGGUGGAUGGAGAUGACAUUAAUACAGUUGCUUUUGCAUCUAGAACUUUAUCAGCAGCAGAACGGAAGUACUCAGCAUCCGAACGGGAGGCUCUAGCCGCUGUAUGGGCCUGCGAAAGAUGGCACUUGUAUUUAUGGGGAAGAAAAUUUACACUGAGGACAGAUCACCAGGCAUUGGUAUCGUUACUGACAACGCAAGGGUCAGGGCACCGACCUUGUCGAAUUGUACGAUGGGCUUCGAGACUUUUGCGGUACUCGUUUGUAGUAGAGUAUAAGAAGGGCUCCGAUAAUUUCAUCGCAGAUGCAUUAUCCAGACUACCGAUUCAAGAUGAGAUGGAGGCUGAGGAAGAUAUUUGUCUCAUCACAGCGCCCAUAGAGAAGCAAGAGUUACAGCAAGAAAGCACGAAAGACUUGGAACUUCAGCAAGUGAGCAGUUUGAUUGAGGAAGGGUGGCCAGAAAGGAAGAGUGCGGUGAGCGACGAGCUUAAGCCAUUUUGGAAUGUACGAAAUGAACUGUCCCUGGUGGACAGUAUGCUCAUGCGUGGGGAACGAAUUAUCCCACCGAAAGUCUUACGUCAUCAGCUACUGGAACUGGCACACGAAGCACACCAAGGCAUGGUGCGUUGCAAACAACGGCUCAGAGAUAUUUAUUGGUGGCCACGUAUGGACGCUGAUGUGGAAGCCAUCAUUCGUGCUUGCGGAAUCUGUCAAAGGGUUGAUAAAUCAGCAAAGACUGUGCGCGCUCCGUUGUGCCCAGUGUUGUUACCAGAUGGACCUUGGGAAAAGAUUGCAAUUGACGUCGUCGGACCGAUAGAAAGUGCGCCUUUGUCGUGCCGUUUUGCUAUUACCCUUAUCGAUUACUUUAGCAGAUGGCCAGAAGUGUGUUUUGCAAAUACUGUCACUGCAAGUACUGUUCGUUAUUUCGUUCCUGCAAAGUGUUUUUAG